UAAACACAAUAGCCUCUCCAAUUUGUCAAUUAUCCAAUGGUAUCGUAUCGCUCGAACAUCUUACACUGAUUAAGUUAUUUCUAAGCAAGUACCUAAGUAGUAACUUCACAUAUCACGCUAGUUACACUGACGAAAAAUGGCUUCAGUCCGAUCUGAAGCAAAAACCCUAUCAUCUUCGCAUACAAUAAUUGCUAGUUCUUCAACUAGUCAUGCCACAUCGUUUUCCAUACCAGUAGUUUCCACUAUACAAAGACUUUUAUGGAUAGGCAAUUUGUUGUAUUACCAGCUACUUGCGAUUCUUACAGCUGUUAUGCUAUGGGUGUUUUUCGUGAAUACCGACUUAAAUCGACCUAUAUUAUGGCAUAUGGUUUUUUCCACCAUUUCGUAUAUCCCUCUAAUGGCUGUUGCCAUAAUCGCCUUUUCCCAAGAUAAUUUGCCUACCCUGUAUAUAAGCAGAGUGAGAAUAUAUGUGAUCCAUGGGGUUCUACUGACAAUAAGCUGCCUUGGGGUAACAAUAGGAAUAGCGGUGAAAAUCAACGAUAAUAUUAAAAAUGGUUCGAAACACUUUCAAAGCAACCAUGCUAUUUUAGGUUUGACUUCCUGGUUAUUGGUGUUUUGUGCGGUGUGUUUUGGAAUUGUGGCUCAGAACACGCAAAAUUUCGCAAAGUACAUCAAACCAGUGCUGGCCAAGCUGAUCCAUAACGUGUUGGGAAUAAGCGCUUUUACCUUGGGCGUGGUUUCCAUUAUGGUCAUGUAUCCGUCCCAUCACUACGUACAUUUUCUCCCAAAAAGUGCCUAUUAUGCCAGUUUUCUCAUUGCUGGAUACAUAAUAAUAUGGAGCCUGUUAGCGGCAUUUAGAUCGCUCUAUUUUCAAAUCAAAUCUCUGGCAUUCUAAGCAAAUGCCCGUAAGUCUGUUAGAAUGUAUCUUUUAAUAAAAAAAAUGUUAUUAUCACCAAAACUGCAUAUUUGAAAAAUGUACAAAUUCUCAUAAUUUUAAUGCGGAAAGUUAAACCACCGCCUGAACAUUUAUUUGGAUAAAGGAGCCAGCAAACAGUUUACAAAGAAUAAUUUGCUAUUUUGAUAUCAUAUAGAUAUGACAAAUAGUGAAGUGUUUCUCUAAAACACUUCACACUACGGUAAUCUAAAAAAUCAUUAUCAGUGGUAUCAUUUGAACGUAUUUCUGUUGUAAUGACUUGAACAUUUUUAUCUCCAAAAUAUAAAAGAAAGAGAUAGUUUAAAAAUAUAAAACGCCAAAUUUAUAAAAAUUAAUCGUUUAAAAUUGUUUUAGUGGCUUUAUAUAUUUAAGAUUUCUUAAUUCUGGUUACGCUAUUUUCGUGUUGUUGAUGGCGCUCUCGCCUUUUUGAUUGAUUUAAUUUGAAAGGAUUUAUGAUAACAAUUUAACUGUUUUCAUUGGUAGUACCUUUUGAAACUAUCUUUUAGAUAUUCCAUGUAUAAUUAUUUAUAUUUUCUGAUUUGCUUGUUUCUAUUGGCAAUUUUAGCUUUGUUUGUUUGUUACCUAUUGAAAAUGCUCUUCAUGUUUUUCUCGUUAUUUCGAUGAAAAGUUCCUUGAUGGAAGUUAUUGCUAAAAAUUUACUAUUGAUCUGCGACGUACAUCUAUUUUAAUUUUUGUUUAAAAUACAUUUUAGGAUCCACUCUUGUAAUUAGCUUUAACUGUUUACGUAUCUCUAUGUUAAUACAAGUUUUUUUAAUACAAA